CCGCCGGGACUCGGGCCCCGCCGCCGCUGCUCCGGCUGCCGGCCGCGCUCCCGCGCACGCCCUCCAGCUCUCCUUCCCUCCCCUCUUUCCUGCUGUCGCCGCGGGGGCUCUCUCGCCCGAGCGGAGAUUUCUGGGCCGCCGGGAUGCCCCAGCUCUCCGGGGGAGGCGGCGGCGGCGCGGGGGACCCGGAACUCUGCGCCACGGACGAGAUGAUCCCCUUCAAGGACGAGGGCGACCCUCAGAAGGAGAAGAUCUUCGCCGAGAUCAGUCACCCCGAAGAGGAGGGAGAUUUAGCUGACAUCAAGUCCUCCCUGGUUAACGAGUCCGAAAUCAUCCCGGCCAGCAACGGACACGAGGUGGCCAGGCCAGCACAGACGGCUCGGGAGCCCUACCACGACAAGGCCGGAGAACACCCUGAGGACGGAAAGCAUCCAGAUGGAGGCCUCUAUAGCAAGGGACCCUCCUACUCGAGUUAUUCCAGUUACAUAAUGAUGCCAAAUAUGAAUAACGACCCAUACAUGUCAAAUGGAUCUCUUUCUCCACCCAUCCCGAGAACAUCCAAUAAAGUGCCCGUGGUGCAGCCGUCCCACGCGGUCCACCCCCUCACGCCCCUCAUCACCUACAGCGACGAGCACUUUUCUCCAGGGUCGCACCCGCCGCACAUCCCGCCCGACGUCGGCUCCAAGCCAGGCAUGUCCAGACACCCGCCAGCGCCCGACAUCCCUGCCUUCUACCCCCUGUCUCCGGGUGGUGUCGGACAGAUCACCCCACCUCUCGGCUGGUUUUCCCAUCAUAUGAUUCCUGGUCCUCCUGGUCCCCACACAACUGGCAUCCCUCACCCAGCUAUCGUAACACCUCAGGUCAAGCAGGAGCACCCCCACACUGACAGUGACCUAAUGCACGUGAAGCCUCAGCAUGAGCAGAGAAAGGAGCAGGAGCCAAAAAGACCUCACAUCAAGAAGCCUCUGAAUGCUUUUAUGUUAUACAUGAAAGAGAUGAGAGCGAACGUCGUAGCUGAGUGUACUCUAAAGGAAAGUGCAGCCAUCAACCAGAUUUUAGGCAGAAGGUGGCAUGCCCUCUCACGGGAAGAACAGGCUAAAUACUAUGAAUUAGCACGGAAGGAGAGACAGCUACACAUGCAGCUCUACCCAGGCUGGUCUGCACGGGACAACUAUGGUAAGAAAAAGAAGAGGAAGAGAGAGAAACUGCAGGAGUCCACGUCAGGUACAGGUCCAAGAAUGACAGCUGCCUACAUCUGAAGCAUGCCAUGUGGCCUCAGAAGUUACUGUCCCCACACCAUCCCGGUUUGGAGAGCAGAACUGGCAGUCCUUGGAUAAGAAUUACGGAGCAGAGAGGAGCGCAGAUUCACGUUCAUAAAGAUUUCAGUAAAUCAGGACUGGUGAUGCUCCUGUUGUUUCCCUGCCCCUUUGUUGUUUUAGCAAUUCAGAAACUGUUCUGUGUGUGGCUCAUUCAGUUGUCAUUCAGCAUUUAUUGGGCACCUCAUAAAUGGCAGGUAGAGACUUACAAGACUUGGAAAUACAGCGUUGGAUGAGAAAGAAGGUCCCUGUGCUCAUGGUGCUUAUGACUCCAUUGCUGUGAGGUCGUUAAUAACAAGCCAACAGGAAAAUACGUGCUGUAAUAAAAAUGAAACGGAGUGGCCUGGGGUCUGCUUUAGGUUGUGGGGUCAGGAAAGGCUGCUCUGAGGAGGUGACUCUCAGAAAUAGCCGUUGUUAUCCCAGAAGCAUAGAGGGGCAUUCUGUUCUGGAACAGAGCAGUGGCAGAGAAAUGACACACAAGGGACAUAGAGCGCUGUGUGUUGGAAUGAGGCCACUGGUCUCUCAGGUCAGCUCUGUGCAAACUGUGCAGACCGGAGAAGGUCGCUGAAAGCCUCCAGACCCUGGUUUCUCCGUGCGAAUGACAGGACUGUGCCCAGAGGCCUCUAGGAUCCCCAUGCGCCACUCCCCGAGUCCGGCUCUCUGGCCAGCGUUGCUCUGGCGUGGUCUGCACCGCCUCCCAGCGCUAUUACAGGGGCGCAGAGCUCUUCUUCACGUACUAAUUCCUUAGGCUGUGAGUGGCUCCGUGCAACUGCAGAGCAUCUGCAUGAUCCUGAAAAUGACUUGCGCACGGUGCAGCUGUUCUCAGUUCCUGUGCAGGUCACCUGCCCGGCCCCUACCUGAGUGGCCGCCACAUGCGUGGCCGUGGCUCCUAGCAGCGCUGCCUCUGCUCUGGGGGUUUCUGGACAAACACAAGCAAAACAAAUACAAAAAGCUCACCAUUUUAAAAUUAUAUAUUAAUAGAUUGAAAGGAUAUUUUUAGAUAUUUCUUUACAUAGUAUUUCCUUCGAUUGUAUAACAUUGAAGAGUUAGUUUAAACAAGCUACUUCUGGGAGGUAGACAGCUCUUCUAGACACACACAGACACGCUCGCCCACACUGUGUUUUUGGAGUCGGCAUAAUCUUUAUCUUAUAGGCUUGCUGAACUAAAUGAAAAAUUAAUAUGUGUUUUUUACUAAAUAAAAAGUUCAGCCUUUAUUUCUUGGGGGCCAAGAGGUGUGUGGGAGAGGUCACCGCUAAGCAGAGCAUAGGACACAGAAGUUAAUUGUACCAUGCUUGGAUUUUUAGCUUAAAAAAGAAUUGUUUCUAGCGUUUUGGUUGAUGAUGGUGCAUGAGGGCCUGAUGAGGUCGUAAGCGCGGGGCUUGCGGCUCCGGGGCUUGGGGCUCCGGGGC